AUGCGUGCUGCUAGUUUUUUUGCUCGGCGCAUGGCUGUUAGUGCCUCUGCCCGUCGUACGAUGGCAUCUUUACAUGGAUCUCAUAGUCACAGUUAUCCCCAUGGUAUGCACUUUCAUGUAAGUCCUGUACACAAGAACCUGGCGCUAGCCUAUGGCACAAUGCUCUGGCUAUGGGUCUUUUGGCGGGCUAAACAAGACGGGCUUGCUGUACUGGGCUUUGAACACCCGUGGGAACACGGUCACCACGACGAAGCGCAUUCGGAGACGACGAAUUCAGGAAACUACUUACUGGUAGAUGGAAAGAUCAAGUACGAACGCUCGGAGAUUGGUACUAUGCCAAUGCCUGUGGAGAGUGAGGGCGAUGAGGAGAGUGACGAAUUGGUGGACGGUGAUGUCCUGGACGACCUGUUCGACGAAGACGACGAAUAA